AUGUUUUCAAAGAAGAAAAAGAAGCCCCUUAUUUCACCACCAAGCAAUUUUGAACACAGAGUGCAUACUGGUUUUGAUAAAAGGGAGGGCAAAUAUGUAGGACUCCCAUUGCAAUGGGCUUCUCUUGUUGGUAACAAUCAGAUAUUUAAAUCAACAAACAGACCUCUUCCAUUAGUAGAUCCAUCAGAAAUAACUCCCACUGAAAUCUUAGACUUAAAGACAAUAGUGAGAGGUGAACACAGGUCUGCAUCUGUUGCAUCUAUGACUCGGCCUCCAUCUACAAAUCCCACAGUUCUCACUACACAAACAGUACAAAAUGGAGUGGUCUUACCUAAAACAUCAAAUGUGGCUAGAUCAAAUUCUCUAAGAAGCACAAGUCCUCCUCAUAUCAGAAGAGACUUGCGCAAUCAAGCUAAUAUUCCACCGGCAGUCCCUGAAGAAUCACCUCCAGUGCCUCCUGCUCCACAGCAAUACCCUAGCUUAAGACGUGAGCAAAGUAAUUUUGCAUUGAAAAAAUCCAUACCAGAAUCACCAGUUGAGUGGUCACAGGCAGCACAUGAUGCUACUGUAAGACCAUUAUCAGAGCCAAAUGAUACUCAACAAACAAUAACAUACCAAAACAUACAGAAUGCUAAUGUACCAUACCAACAUAACCAUCCACCUCAAGCACAGACAAUUCAACAUUCUAUGCAAGGGCUCAAUGGAAACAGUGUUAAUAUGGGUGAUUCAUACUCCAUGGCAAGGCACCAGCAUGUUGUGCCCACAGGAGCACCAUCACAUUUACCACUGGCUGCUUCUAAACAUGAAUUGCGUUUAACUCAUGAGCAGUUUCGAGCAGCACUGCGUUUGGUUGUAAGUGAAGGGGAUCCUAAGACAACACUUGUUGGCUUUAACAAAAUAGGCGAAGGUAGCACAGGUGUCGUUUGUUCUGCUACCGAUACUCGAACACGACGACGAGUUGCAGUCAAAAUGAUGAAUCUUAGGAAGCAGCAGAGAAGAGAGUUGCUUUUUAAUGAAGUGGUAAUUAUGCGUGACUACCCUCACGCGAACAUAGUGGAAAUGCAUGCCUCAUACCUAGUAGGCAAUGAAUUGUGGGUAGUAAUGGAGUAUAUGUCUGGAGGCUCUCUUACUGACAUAGUGACACGCUCACGUAUGGACCCAGAGCAAAUUGCAACUGUUUGUAAGCAGUGCCUAAAGGCGCUAGCAUUUUUACAUGGUCAAGGAGUUAUACAUAGAGACAUAAAAUCUGAUUCCAUACUAUUGACAGCAGAUGGCAGGGUUAAAUUGUCUGAUUUUGGUUUCUGUGCUCAAGUUUCUCAAGAAUUACCCAAGCGUAAGUCUUUAGUGGGAACUCCUUAUUGGAUGUCCCCUGAAGUUAUAUCGAGACUUCCGUAUGGUCCUGAGGUAGAUGUAUGGUCACUGGGCAUUAUGCUUGUUGAAAUGGUUGAUGGAGAACCGCCAUUUUUCAAUGAGCCUCCACUGCAGGCAAUGCGACGUAUACGCGAUAUGCCCCCACCGCGACCACGUGGUGCUGCUAGAUGUCCGCCCGACUUAUUGCAAUUUGUGGAGUGUGCAUUGGUUAGAGACCCCGCACAAAGGCAAUCGGCUGCACGAUUGCUACAUCAUCCUUUCUUGCGUCGAGCAGGGCCUCCGGCAUUAUUAGUUCCGCUUAUGCCGCCCCACCACCAACAUCAACAACAGCAAAUGCCUACACCGACACAAAUGCACCAG